UUCAACAACCUUCACUAGCUGGCAGAUCUUCCAUUUGGACCCACAACAUAAUGUGGUUUUGAAUCGUUGCUCGCAUAGUCGGCUAUUGGUCGGCUGUACAAGAAGGUUGGGCAGCGCUAGAAUUUGAGUUGUAGACCAGUUGAAGAACAGCUUCGCAAAUUGAAAUUGAACCAUGGUAUGUAAGUAGGUAAAUCCGAACCUUGCGGCAUUCCUAGCCUAGAAGCACGGAAAAGUGGAAAGGGCGUAGUGAAAAGGAUCGAUCCGAGCAGAGUCAUCUUCUUCGCAGCGCUGGUUCUGACACGUCUAGGUAUUCAUAACACGCUUCCAUGCUUGCUCUACUGGCCGGCACAACAGGAUGCGUUACUUCCACUCUAUUAGUUUACACGGUAUUGUUUUGUUGAGCGGCAUAUGCCUUGUUCCUGGUGAAGAGUUCUGAAGCUUCCAGUUGUUUGGGACCCUCAAAUUGCCCUGUGUAGCUAUAUUUAAGAUCGUCCAUCUCCCAUGGGGACUGGUAUCUCCCAACAAGUGACGAGCCCAGAGGACUCUAAUGGCCGAAGAUCCUUUUACGUGUACCUCUCUGCCAAACCCCCUCGCCCCUGCAGCUUGGCUAUCUCCCAACCUCGCUCCUCAAUAUGAGGUGGCAAAGAGCCUUCUUGCGGCUACCCUCGGAGCAUGGAUAUGGGAUGUGCUGACGGCUGUCAGUGACGACGUCCGAAUGUUAAGGAAGAGCAUGAUCACAUUACCCAAUGCCGUCUAUGUUCUGUCUCGCAUUUUAACUGGCGCUGUCGUUGUGGCGGCCUUAUUAUUCGAAAGUCGUAGUGACUCCCCAAUCAUGUCCCGUGAUCUUUGGGAUUCUCACUUGGAUCGCGGGAUGCGCCAUGCCUUGCAAUGCCCUGCUCUUCUUCUUCCGAGUGAGGGGCGUCUUUUUGCGCUCGCGCUGGAUACGUACCGGUUUUCUCAUCCUCUGGCUCUCAACUUUCUCCUCCUUGGGGAGUCAUUCGGAUUUCAAUCAGAUCACAUCGGCCCAACCCGAUAUUGCAUCGUUUCCAAUGUCACCAAAUUCAGUUCUAUAGGUUUCAUCUCUGUGGCGAUAUUCGAUACCUCCGUGUUUGUCGCUAUAUCCAUCCACAUGAUUUCAUUCAGCAUGGAGACUACGUGGCGAGGACGCCUGAAACUAUUUCUGAGCGGACAUGGUAUGGGACAUGUUUCGAGAGCCCUGCUGCAAACUGGGCAAAUGUAUUACUUGGUUACCGUAUGGGUGAAUGUCGUAGUAUUGAUAACCCUUCUGAUGUCUUUGAUUUCUCCAACGUUCCAAGGAAUGCUAACCAUACCCAACAUCGCCUUACAAAAUGCAAUGGCGUGUAGGGUAUUCCGGCUCUUGAAACUUGGUUUAAUUCGAGAGGAUGCUUCCAUCGUCACACCCAGUAUGGGAAGUCUCGCCUUUCGCUCAACCAGACGCCCUCAUGCGACAUUUGCGACUACGCAAGAAAGUACGCUGGGAGCUAUUGGAGAGGAAACUGAGGACAUAGCGCUGGCCGUGCUACGGACGAAGCAAGACUCUGAGUCCAACACGUCGCCACAGGACUCUACUCCAAACACGAUCGUUCAGGAGUUAGAGACGACUGUGGAUGCUGAGGACAGGAAAAAAUCCUGUUAAUAUGGCGCAAUCAGUCGGCUGGGUGUAUCUGAGGUGAUUGUGUUCCUACAUUGACUUUGAUGUAACAAAUAUCAUUCUGGCAACAUUGAACUGCCUCGAUUGAUGACCUGCGGUCAGAUCGCUGGUUACAAGGAUUUCG